AUGUCUCGGCAGGAUCUUUCUUCUAAUAAUGAUAAUAAUAAUGAACGCCGCUAUUGUAUAUGCCAAAAACGUGAAGAUGAAUUAAACGAGCAAGAUGACAACGAUGAUUUUAUGAUUGAAUGUGAUGGUUGUAAUGGUUGGUUCCAUGGAAAAUGUGUAUCGUUAGCUGAUCGUAUUGCCGAUGACAUUGAAAAAUAUUUUUGUGUGGAAUGUUCAAAAAAUUAUGGACCUUCAAUAUUUAAACCAAAACAAAAUCAACAUCGACGAGAUUAUAGUGAUGGAAAUGCCGAACAGAAACCAGUACAAAGUGGCACCAAAGAUUUUAUCAAGCAAUUAAAACGAAAAACAUUUUUAGAUUGUGAGCCAGUGAUUGUAAGAGCAAAAGGCGAUCAAUUAACAAGUGAAUAUUUACUUGCAAAUGGUUUUACGAAGCCAAUAUUAAUAUCAAGUCGUGAUGGUCUCGAAUUAACACUACCGGAUCGAACGAUAACGUUACAAGAAAUUAAUAAACUUAUCGGCCCGGAACAGCACGUGGAUAUCAUCGAUUGUGAAAAACAAGUUAUUUAUAAAAUGAGUUUUAAUGACUAUGCUGAAUAUUUUGAAAGUUAUGAUCGAAAUAAAAUUUACAAUGUUUUAAGUCUUGAAGUCUCGAAUACCAAAUUGGGCGAAUCGGUUAUUAUACCAAAAAUAGUUCGAGAUUUAUCUUGGGCUACUAUCGGUGUUUGGCCCGAUAAGAAAAAGUCCGAGAAAUGCGAUGGUAACGUUGAAGCAAAGGGAUUGAAAAACAAAAAUGCAUGGCCAUUAGAAUCACCUUUAGCGAAAUUCAAACGUCGAACAAUUUCAUCGAGUGGUGAUACGGAUCAAAGUGACGAUGACGAAGAUUUGAAAUCGAAUCACUUCGAAAAUUUCGACCGUCCAGAAGUAGCCAAAUAUUGUUUAAUCAGUCCACAAUCAUCUUAUACAGAUUUUCAUAUUGAUUUUGGUGGUUCAAGUGUGUGGUAUUCAAUUGUGAGGGGUGAAAAGAUCUUCUAUUUAAUUGAACCGACUGAUGAAAAUUUACAAAAAUAUGCUGAUUGGUCAAAUUCACCGAAUGAAUCCGAAACAUUUUUAGGCGAUUGUGUUUCACAUUGCUAUAAAAUGCAUAUCCGUGAAGGAAAUACCAUUCUUUUACCACCCGGAUGGAUCCAUGCGGUUUAUACAGUUACAGAUUCACUUGUAUUUGGUGGAAAUUUUCUUCAAUCAAUGGGUGUUGACAUGCAAUUGCGGAUCUACGAAUUGGAACGUCUUGCCAAAGUUCCACACAAAUUUAAAUAUCCGUUAUUUGAAACAUAUCAUUGGUAUGCUGCUAAACAUUUCUAUGACAAGCUAAGAGAAUACAAUCAUUUAAACUCGUCUGCAAUCAGCCCUAUACUGCAGCAAGCAUCUGAAUCGAUUAUUUACAAUAUGAAUCGAUGGUUAACAGUUGAUAGAAGAUAUCAAAUACGAAAUCGAUAUAUCAUACCGAAAGGUAUCAACUGUGAAAAACUUCUACGUGAUCUUUCACGUGAACUUGAGCUAGCUAAAACCCGAUGUGGCUCAUCGAAUCAGGAAACAUUACCGUCAAAAACCACAAUAACAAGUUCAAAUAAAAUUGUAUCUCCAAUUGACAAUAGAAGAGAAUUUAUUCAGUUUGGUGACAAUAAGAUUAACGUCAAAUGUCGUCGUCUAUCGCCUGUCUCAGAAGCUAAAGAAUCAAUAGUCGGACAUGAAGUUAAAAUAGCCAUGAAAUCAAAAAUAGAUGAAGAUCGAAAGGGAAAUUUAUUGGGAAAAAUACAAAAGAAAAAGUUUGGACGACCUUUAUCAUCAGUUAAACAGAAGAAUAAUUCAGAAUCUGUAAAUCCGUCCAGAAUUUCGUAUAAACUUGAUCUCAAAGCUAAACGGCAACAUUUUACUCAACAUUCUCAUGUUCAAUCAUUGAAGAAUAGAAAAGAAACAAAAAAUGAUAUGAAUAAUUCUUUAAAAUCCGGUAAAAUGCCUGUGGAUGACAUUGAAAGUCAUGAUACAACUGCACGAUUAUAUAAUAUAACUCCUGAUGGUCUUGCAUCGUUCGUCACAAAAUCUGUUAUCGAUAAAAGCAUUAACAUAAAGCAAGAACAUCAAUCUGUGAAACAAAAACUUUCAUUAUUAAAAAAAUCCAAAUUUAAAUCGUCUGAUAUAGAUAAAAAAUUUACAAAAAAACUAAAAAUUGAAUUAAAAAAACCUAGUACUGGUACAAAUGCAUCCGAAAUCCUCCCAUCAAUCACAUCACAAGCUGCAUUGCCAACGAAAAAACCCGUGCUACCAUCGACACCAAUACCGAAAAAAGUCAACUCCGCAGAUCGCCUAGGAAAAAUUCUUAAAAUUGCCGAUAGCAUUAAAUCCAGAGGAGGAAUUCUAACAUAA